AUGUUGAGCAAAGGAUUUAAAUAAUUGUUCGGUUUAACAAAAGCCACUAAUUUUUAUAACAAAAAUUUUUUCUCAAGAUUAGCCGCACACAGAAAAAAUGACGAUAAUUCAGAUUCAGUUCCUUUUGAAUUUACCCCUGAAAACUACAAAGAAAUUGAAAAGAUUCUUGCAAAAUAUCCCUUAAAGCAAAAGCGUUCUGCUGUCAUGCCCCUCCUUUAUUUAGUUUAAGAAUAAAAUAAUAACUGGGUUCCUUUAUCUGCAAUGAAAAAGAUUGCUAAAUUAUUAGAAAUGCCAGAAAUUGAUGUUUAUGAAGUUGCUACUUUCUAUACCAUGUAUAACAGAGAACCUGUAGGUAAAUUCCACUUAUAAAUCUGUGGUACCACUCCUUGUUAAUUAUGUGGAUCUCGUGAAAUUACUAAAGCUAUUGAAGAAUAUACUCAAACCAAGCUUGGUCACACAUCAGCUGAUGGUAAAUGGACUCUUGAAGAAGUUGAAUGUUUAGGUGCUUGCUCUAAUGCUCCUAUGAUUUAAGUUAAUAACAAAUGGGUAUAUGAAGAUUUAACUACUGAAAAUGUUGUAAAACUAUUAAAGGAUUUGGAAAGUGGCACAGACAAAAAGGGACCUCAAAAUCACCGUAACUAAGUUGAAGGUCCUCUUGGCAGAUCAACCCUCAAAGAAAAAGAUUUCUUAUCUGGCGAAAUCCGUUUCUCUCGUGAUUUUGCUAAGGCCAAGUAAGAUUGGGUUGCUCAAAAAGAACAAGAAAGAAUUGAAGCUGAAAAAAAGAAGGCUGCUACUGCUGCCGCUGCCGCUGCUGCUAAAAAGUGA